AUGUCAUCUAAAUAUUCUAUGAAUGUUGAUCAAACUUCAAUAAACGUUGAUCAUGAAAAGAAUAAAUUAAAAGCUACAAAUAUUCAUACAGGCGAAGCAGAUGAUCUUGAGUUCCCAGAAGGUGGUCGUGGUUGGCUUAUGGUUUUAGGAAGUGGUAUUGCAAGUGCAGUAUGUUUUGGUAUGGUUUAUUCAUAUGGUGUUUUUCAAACUCAUUAUGAAACUGAAUUGUUUCCAACAUUACCAUCAUCAAAGCUGUCGAUUAUUGGAGCAUUGCAGACGUCAAUAAUUUAUCUACUGACCCCAUUUUGUUUACCUUUAGCUCAUGCUUUUGGUAUAAGAUCAUGUUUAGCAUUUGGUUGUAUCAUGAAGAUUAUUGCACUUUUUGGAUUAUCAACUACUGAUGCAAAUUCACUUUGGAAAUGUUAUGUAUUUCAAGCUGUAUUUUUUGGGAUUGGUGGUGCUUUAUUGUUUUCAAUUUCCAUGGCUGUUCCUUCAGAAUGGUUUAAAAGGAAAAGAGCCAGUGCAUUCGGUAUUAGCGCUGCAUUUGUUGGAGUUGGUGGUGUUAUGUGGCCUAUUAUUUUCAAGCAGAUGAUUCAUAAAUAUGGAUUUUCUUGGACUGUCAAGACAAUAGGGUUCAUUUAUAUACCAUUGUCAAUAGGUAUUGUAUUACUCAUGCCACAGAAGAUUGAAACUAAAUAUUUACACAAGGCUGAGACUGUCUCAAAUUCUGAAUUUAAUCUUGAUAAUAUAAAGUCUAUACCACAAAGAUAUAGAGAUAUUUUCAAAAAUUGGAGGAUUGUUUCAAAAAACUUUAGAUUUGUUGUGAUAUUACUUUCUAAUUUGUUAGGUAUUCUUGGAUCAUACCCAGCAAUAUUUUAUAUUGAUUUUUUUGGCUCAACAUUAGGACCAAACUUUAAAAUUACGGCUUAUAUUACUGUUCUUUAUGUUUCUAUUGGAUUUCCAGGUAGAGUCAUACCUGCAAUUAUUGCUGAUCAUAUAGGAAGAAUAAAUGUUUUGUUAUUAUGCCUAUUGACAUUUGCAAGUUCCACAUUUUUAUUUUGGAUUCCAGCUAUUAAGGAACAAUCAAUGGUUUUAUAUGUGAUAUUUGUUGCAGUUUUUGGAUUUACUGCAGGUCCUUUAUUCUCUUUAUACCCUGCUUCAUUAGGUCAAUUAUUUGGUAUUCACGGGUCAGAGGCUAGAAUUGGUUUAUUCUUCUUAGUGGGAUCACCUGGUCCAAUAAUUGGAUGUUUAAUUGCAGGUUCAUUUAUACCAACUGAUUCAUCCAAUAGAGAGUUGAUCAUUCAUUCAUUCUACAAACUUGUUAUAUAUUCCGGUGUAAUAUUGAUGGGAUGUGUGGUACUUUUAGGCUGUAUCAGACUGUCUAUAAGUAAGAAGCCGUGGGUGUUUAUAUAG